AUGUCUUCCAAAUUACAAAUCCCUUCCGCUAAAGAUGAGUGAAGGAUUAGAUUGAUAUCUUCAAACAACAGUGAUCGCAAUUUUCAAAACAGAAACAAGAAGUCCAUGACAUUCGAUCACAUCGCCCACAUCACUUGUCCGGAAGAAUUGCACAAGGACUAUCGUUAUCCGUCUCGUCGAUCUCUGAAUGAGAUUUCUCGCUAAAAGUCUAUCAUCACACAUUGAAGUUUUGAUUGAGUCUCUCGAGUCCUGGAAGGUCGAGCCCUAUGUCAUCUGGUUCUGCACAAAAACCAACCACGGAUCAGCUCGAGAUAAGAACUGAACAUUCUCUCCUUAUCAAUGCCAUGCUGGUAGCCGUACCUUUCACAAACGUCUUGACGGGAUUCAUUUUUAUUCAGUUUGCACGAUUCAUGGCUUCCUCUCAAUCUAAAGGUCAACGUUAUGCUAGGAUAUGGGGCUCUGUGGCCAUCUUACUUCACCUGAUGCAACUCGCAUUUCAGAUUGAGAAUUUUCGGGUGACGUGUAUGCACUACGUAGUCAAUCAGUUCGUUGACUUCUCAUUAUAUGAAGCAAUGGGGACCAUCUACACCCUUGGAAUUGUUCUUAUUGUGCAGAUCCAUUUCCUACGCAUCACUCAUGCCAUCACAUCCCACAAACUAUGGCUACUUUCUUCAAUAUUUGUCUUACUAUUGGCUGCCGCGGGAGGAUUGAGCACAGCCAUCUUUUUUAUUCUUGAGAUCAUCAAGGGUAGGAUUCGAAAAAAACCAACUAAAUUUUCACAUCGCCUCACGAUCUCUUGGAUCGUAUGGCUCGUCUCAGCCACCGCCUUCGAUUUGAUCCUCACCGUAGUUCUUGUCCGGAGGCUCGUGGAAUGCCGAACAUGGACCAUACAUUUACGAUCAUGCUUAGGAAAACUCUUGGCGUUGUCGAUCCAGACAUUCUUUCUGACAUGCAUAGCAAGUAGCUUGUCAAUGGUUUUAAUUUCUGUCGCCAGAUUCACUCCAAUCACAGAUUCAGUGUUACUCACAAGGCUUGAGACAGCGGCUUUGAUCAACAACGCGAUGUUGCCUCGAAUUUAUCUGAUCUCCUUCUUUUCUACUCUUACAGAUACGAUCAAAGGAAAGGAAGAAAUGACACCAUCAAGUUGUGACUUUCAAUACAUGCUUGAUCGGAAUGAGUUUAGGACUGUCGAUACUGGAGUGCUUUCGAUUUCUUCGGUGGUUUGAUAUAAGAUGGAACAGUCUGAAAUAAUUGUCCAUGGGCAAACUGAUCAAAUUAAUUACUUGUGUCUCAUUCAUGCCGUGAAAAUAUAUACCCAUUUAAAUGGCUUUACAUG